AUGUAUGUGAAAUGGUUUGAUACAGUAAUGUUAUACUAUGAUUUUAGUGUAUUUAGUGAAUGUCACUUUUUCACAUUUUUAAAUUUCCCGCCGUUCCGUCCCCAUAUGUCCUGAUGUCGCAGGGAACGGAACCCGGAAGACCAAUGCCAGAAUCAGCCGGAGGACACUGCAGGGGGGACAUCACGGGAGUGCAGGACAAGGUAAGUGAAGAACAGAUCCCAGAGCAGCGCUGCAGGGUAUUCCUGAGUGUAGCUCAGGGUUACUGCUUGUGCUACACUCGGGAAUACCUCCAGGGAGGU